AUGGUUCAGGAGCUGGUUAUGGGCCACACCUGCGUCACGUGCAGCAACGCAGAGAGCAGAUCACACCUGAUGACCAGGUUCUUUCCCGCCAUCAGGAGGGAGUACCACUCCCACAUUCCCAGCUUCGGUUCCCUCCAGUCGUUCCCUGCUGCAUGUCCGGGUGCCUGUGAACCAGGUCCCCAGUGCCUACAGAAACGAAACAUCAGCUUUUCUGAAUCAGACCUGAGCAGCGACGGAAAGGUUUUGGAAGAGUUUGGAAGUUUGAGUAGUCAGUGGGAGGAGAGGAAGGUCUUGUCCCGGGAAGCGGCGGCCGAGCAGUCGAAGGGAGCGGGGAAUCCAGCAGCCAGCCAGAGAGAGUGGCCACACUGCCCGCACAGACUUGAUUCAGAGGAUCCCAGUAAAUUAGACGCUCAGAAUCUAUUCUCAAAUUCCGGGAGGCUCGAGUCACACCCAGUAAAACACAUCGUGUGCCUAAGUCACAGCAUUCCUGACACCCAAAACCAAACAAGUUCUUCAGUAUCUGAUACAGAACAGAACCUCCCGGACUGGGCUGCGGAGAUUCUAAAUACCUACCUGGAGAAAGUGGAGAGCACAGGUCAAAGAUUCUGCUGUCUCCCAGGGUCUGCUGAAUCCGCAGUAAACUCUUCUGCCCCAGUUUUGGAGGGCGAUUGUGAGCCCUUGAGUACUUUGCAAAGUCAGCCCCCAGAUCAAACUACUCCCCGGGUUACAAAGACUAGAUUCGACAUCAUUAUCACGCUCGCUAGAGAGGAAGGGUGUGGGCAGGCGGGAGCACACGGGCAUGCGGGUGGGUUGGUGUCGGCAGAGGCAGGUGACCGAGAGAGACCACAAUCCAGUAAGGUGCUGAUGGCGGAAAAUGGAACCUCGAACCCGAGCAAACCUGCGGAGCGAGUCGCUGUGGAAUGCCAGAGGAAUGCGCCGAAAGCUUGGGAGCCGCCCCUUGCUGGUUCCGCCGGGCGGCAAGCCCAGGGCGGAGAGCCCUCGAUACACCUCCAGAGAUACGUCCUACCACGUCUCGGCUGCCGCGACCCGGGCUUCAGUCGCUUCCUACCGAAGUCUUCCGCUGUCCAAACUGACAGGAAACCUGACCUUCAGAAGCUGGCCAGCCUGCCUGAGCCCCUACGGCAAGUAGGAGGUUCAGUUGUCAACAGCAACAAAGGGGAAGGUGACAGCAGCAUAAUGAGCACCAACAGCAAAAUCGAUCCUGAGACUGACCAGCACCCAUCCAGUCACGUGCCUUCUCAACCUGCUGAUAACCCUAACUUUACACAUACUAUAAAUAGCACAGCUCAGCAAGAUAUCAAUGGAGGCCUUGGUGACAGUGAGAGUGGAAAUUCAGAACAGACAAAUAGCUCCUUGCAGCCAAGCAAAAGAGAUUUGAAAUAUAAAGUUUAUAAUGUAUUCAUUAAGGAUGAGAGAUUUGUGAAUGGAAGUGAUCCAACCACAACGAAUGAAAACACCAGUCAGAAGGUUCUUUCUUCGUCAGACAGUCCAACACUGAGUGAGGGUGUGGGAAACCAGAGUACCAUGAAUUCACUCAUCUGCAUUGGGACGAUUGGAGGUGAACCUUCUCAGCAGUCUGGCAAAGACCCUCGAUGCGAUGAAAGUGAUGCUUGGAAGAACGUGACUUCUUCUGGAUCUACUCAGCAGAUAAACACUUUGCAUCAACAGACCCCUGAUCAGAAUGGUCAUGUUGCUGAAGUAGUUACUUCUCCAAAUGAUAAGGAAAGUGUACCUUCAAAGAUAAAACUGGAUUCUGUAUCACAAUUGGUUGAAAGCUCUCUCAUCAAUCUCCAAGAGCCACUACAAAAUGUGGUAAAUUUCCCCACGGACUCUAUGAAAGUACAAGCUACUGAAACCCCAACGCUCAGUUUGCAAAGUAUGCUGCUGCAAAAGCCUAUGGAGAAUUUAGAAGACAUAAAGGUUGAAAGCUCCUCAAUGGUCAAUCCAGAGCCUCAAGGACCGGCAGCCAAAUUCACAUGUGAAAAUACAGGACCAGAAGGAAAUAGUGGCCAACAGCUUCAUCUAUCUAGAAGCCCCCUGUUAGAAAAUCAUCCAUCAUUCAAUGAUGUCUUCAUUGAAAAUAACUUGAAGAAAAAGCUCACCAAUGCCACAGAUGACCCUGAUAGUCAAUCAGAAAUCGAUGGCUUUGUGGAUACCAUUCGUAACUUGGAGGUUCCCAUGUUCUUGAGUCGUAAUAAAAAUUCAAGGAUCCAAAGAUCUCAUGCCCUCACUUCUCCCAUUUCCACACUGCCUCCAAUUGAAGAGGAUCAAACUAAUCCAAAGCAUUCUCCAUCUUCAUCAAUCAUUGAGGAGCCACCAGAGCCCGUGGCCGUUGAUGGAAAACUUUUGCCAAACUCACCCAGCGAGUCAGUUUCGGAGCUUCCUCAAAUGGAUUUCUCAAAGACAUUGACAAAAAAAGAAAUUCUCACCCCUGGGCAGAUGAUGAAGAUGCAAUUUGAGGAGAAGCCCAAAAUUGGAAUCCAAUGUGCUUCUGCAGAGAACAGCAUAGUCUUCCAAUCUUCUUUUUCGAGGCGAACCAACUUAGAAUACACAGCAAAUUUGGAAGGCACUGAAGCCCUCAGUGGAGAUAGCAAUCGAUCUCGAAUUAGCAGUAGCUUCUUGUAUUCCACUUAUGGGAAGCCCACAGAAUCUUUCUCCAGCAGGUCAUUGGAUCUCAGCCAGGGAUCAGUGACUAAAAAUCAAAGCAGUGCACCGCCAACAAUGUUCCAAAAUAGUGUGCAGAGAAGUUUGUCACAAGAGAAUGUUGCCACGACAAUAAUGGCUGGGGAUAAACUAUCAACAUUGAAUUUAUUUGCCCACUCAGCCAAUGAGAGUUUGUACACCAGAAGGGCUAGCCUUCCACUGAGCAUCUCUGAGAGAUUGAUACCGGGAUACUCUUGUCUGUCAGAUAGUGGACACGAUCUUCCGAAGCAUAGGAUUUCUCUACCUCCUGAAAGAAAACCAGGAAAAUUGACAGCUUUUCCAGAAGGAUGGAACUCAAAACCAAAAGAACAGGGAAAAAUUAACCCACGGCCUGGCAAGAUCGUCAUUUAUGACAAGCCGAACUUCUCCGGUUUCAAGAGAGAAAUUAGCUGUGACGUCUCCGAUUGUUCGUCCUGGCCGUUUCCUGCUACCAUUUCCAUAAAGGUUAUUCGAGGAUGCUGGGUGAUGUACGAGAAGCCAAAUUAUAAAGGAAAGAAGAUCUUCCUUGUGGAGGAAGAUGUAGAAUUGAUGAACCCCUGGGCAGAGGAACAGGAAGAAGAGACUGAAGAUCAAGACUCCAAGCCACCUUCUACCAAACCCACAGUCAUUGGCUCCCUCCGGAGAGCAGUCAGGGACUACACCAUACCACAAAUAUCUUUGUUCCCAGACGCCAAUGGAGAGGGGAAGAAGCUGUCGUUCUAUGGUGGAUCUGAGGAUAUUCGAAUAUUUGGCUAUCCACCAAAAACCACCUCCAUCAUCGUGAAUUCUGGAUUGUGGUUGGUUUACUCCGAGCCUUUCUUCGAAGGGCAGCAGUGUGCCCUGGAAGUGGGUGGCUAUCGCACGCUACAGGAAUGGGGAGCAGAGAAAGCACAAGUGGGGUCGCUGAUAACCCUACAAAUGAGUGGACCCAGAGUGGAGAAGCCGUAUGAACCAAAGCUCAUCAUCUUUGAGAAAGCUUAUUAUGUGGGGAGAAGCAGAGAAGUGCAUGGAGACUCCUCAGACUUCCUAUCCCGAUACCCCAACAAUGGUGCACCCCUCUCAAACGCAGGCUCUAUAAAGGUGUAUGGAGGAAUUUGGGUUGGCUACUCAAAGGAAGGGUUCAGAGGCCACCAGUAUCUCUUGGAGGAAGGCGAGUACUUGGACUGGAGGUCGUGGGGUGGCUCUGAUGAGGAUUUAAAGUCACUGCGUGUCAUUCGGGCAGACUUUUCCAAUCCGAUGAUCAUUCUAUACCCUGGAAAUAAUUGUGAGGGGGAGAAUUCAACUACAGCGAUUGAUUCAGUGCCGGACCUGGAAGAAACUAAUUCUGGGGAUUUAAUACAAUACAUUAAUGUACUGAGUGGAACUUGGGUAGCCUAUGAGGGUGCCAACUAUUCUGGUGCUCAGUACAUAUUAGAGAAAGGAGUUUACCGGAAUCCUCAAGACUGGGGUGCCCAGAGCUGCAAGAUUAGCUCACUGCACCCCAUUUUACUGGUGGAGCCAAGUAGUCAGCAGUUCAGACUGAAGAUCCAGAUUUUCUCUGAGUACGACUUCAAUGGACAUUGCUUAGUAAUCGAAGAAAACAAGAUGGGGAUCCCAAAAGAUUUUAAGCUUCAAUCCUGCAGGGUCCUAAGUGGCAGCUGGGCCCUUUAUGAAGGCCAGGAAUACAAUGGAAGGGUCUUUGUGGUUAGUGAAGGAGAGUAUCCAGACCUCCAAUCAAUGGGCUGCAGGAUGACCACUCACAUCCGAUGUGUCAAGGCCAUUCCACAUGUCUUCUCCCAGCCUUUAAUCACUUUGCACAGUUUGGAGAACUUUGAAGGAAAGGAGAUUGAAUUGGAAUCAGAAGAGAAGAAUUUGAUCUCUGAAGGAUACAAUAAUCAGGUUCUGUCUCUCCAUGUCCUUGGUGGAGUCUGGGUUAUUUACGAGUACAGCAACUUCCGAGGUCGGCAGGUGCUCCUGGAACCCAUUGAGAUUUCAAACUGGCCCAAGUACAGCAGCUUCACUAGGAUCGGAUCCUUAAUGCCAGUCAUACAGAAACGAAGAUUUUUUAACAUCAGAAACAAGGAGACUGAUGGUCUGCUGUCAGUAAUUCUAUGUGAGGAGGAUAUAAAGUCAGGACGGGUCAUUGUUGCUCCUGAGAAUAAGGAACUGGAGCAGCUCUGGUUCUAUGAGAAAGGGCUGUUGAAGCCCAAGUUUGCUCCAGACAUGAGUCUUCAGACCAUUGGCAUUGUGGGUGACACUGGCAGCAAGGUGGUGAUCUGGUCGGAGACACGGCUACCAAAGCAUUGCUGGACGUUUGAAUUCAGUGGCACUAUCCGAAGCCUCUUGUAUGAAGGAUUUGUGCUCGACAUCAAAGGUGGGAAAUCUUAUGAUCAGGACUCUGCGAUGAUCUGUAAACAUGAAGAGCAAAAUCCAGUUCAACAAUGGGAGAUUCAGAUGCUGUAACAACACAAGCUCCUUAAGACCAAAGUACGAGGCCUCUGACACAGGAACUACCUUUUUCUCUAGCCAUCCUCUCUGCUACUCUCUCCCCAGACCCCUGUAGUGCCUCACAAGACAGGUGGCAGAAGUUGAGGGGGAUGUGGGGAAUAGGAAGAGGAUGAUCCACAUUCGCCAACAGAUGUCAUCCAUUGGAAAAUAACAGGAACCAGAAAAUAACUAUACCUACGUGAUACUUUUUUACCACUGUCCAUCAUUAUAGCUUUUACCAAUACAUUUUUUUAAAUUAUCCCCUUUGAAAGAAUUCAUUCAGCCACCAUUUCCUCCAGGUUAUCGGGAAAGUUCAGCAUUAAUUGCUUAUUCCUUGCUACCUUGUAGAGUCAAGCAGAUUGAGUAGAAAUGGAGUCAUAUAUAGGUCAGAGCAGGGAGACGGUGACAGGUCCCCUUUCCUGAGAGAGAUUAGUGAGCCAAUUUGGAUUUUGUGAUCUGUUGUUGGAAAAUAAAUUAUUAGAUUCAUUAAAUCCCAUUUCACAAUAAGCUGGUACCAUUGAGUGGUUAGUCCAGUACCAUGACCACUGCGUGUCAUUCUCGUGUGCUGCAUCAUAAUCCUGUUGCAUGUCUAACACAUUGUACACGGUGCAGAUGGAUAGAGGGCUUCCUUUAUGUAAUAUUUGUAAAUGACCAGUGGGCUGUUCAGAUGUUUAUAUCUGCACAGUGGGCAACUGGAAGUUGUUAUACUCAAACUUUGUCCAAAUUCCUUGGUCCUAUAGCAGUAAUCUCUGAGCCCAAGCUCAACUCGGGCUGUAGCUGAUACCUUUGCUGCAAACAACUGACAGCAGAGUUAGUCAAGUGGAUUUUUUACUAAAUCAUGGGUUUGGGGUUUUUUUUGUUUCUAACUCAGCAAAUUGCAGUACAGUCUGGGGAGAACCACUACCCAUGGAAAUGUAGGCCAGUGAAAGUCAGUGACGGUGUAACUGUAGCCCAGUGAGACUCAGUAACGUUGGAAGUGAGUACCUGUGGAACUGUACUCCCCUGAGAGUUGGUAGAGUUAUAGUCAGUGUGAAAAUGGUGAAUGUGAAAGGUUCACUGCAUGAUAUCUGAUCCUCUUUACUUCAAGCCCCUGCCUCAGGCUUAUUAUAGUUCAGAAUUUAUUUAAACAUUUCCAAUCUAGAUAUGAUUUGUGAUGGUAGGCAUAAACAGUGCCUUUUCUGUCUGUUUUAUACCAUAGGGACAAAAAAGAUAUUAAUUUUUAUUGUUUUGUAGCUGGCAAAGAACCUUAUAAGCAAAUAAACAAUAAUUCUAUGUAAAAAUGGAAAAUGCAGUAAAUUUAGUGUUCAAUAUAAAUUUUUUUUAAUUUAGCUGUCUGUUUAUUCUAACUCCAAAAUAAAAUUUGGUUAUGCCCAUUGAUAAAUGAAGAGAAAAUGGUUCCUUGGUUCCUUCCCUCCAAUCAGUUCAGUGAAUUGCAACAAGGGUAUGUUGGAGGUUUACUUCAAUGAUGGUGGUGUCGAACUCUUGCUUCCCCA